CCUUAAAUACAGCUGCUUCAGAUAGUGAUAAUAGCGAGAUUCCAAUAUCUGAAUCAUUGGAUGCUUCCUUAGAACAAUUGCAUCUUCAUUCUACCAUAGAUUCAGAAGAUACAGUGGUCUCUGAACAAAAACCAUCCAAAGAAACAUUCAUAGGAUUUUCUCGUCUUUACUCUGGCACCAUUAGAGUUGGUCAAAAACUUUAUGUUCUUGGGCCCAAAUAUGAUCCUGCUUUUCCUGAUAGACAUUGUUCUGAGAUAACGGUUAAAAGCCUAUACUUAAUGAUGGGAAGAGAAUUAGAGUCACUUCAAGAAGUACCGGCUGGCAAUGUUUUUGGUAUUGGUGGACUCGAAGGCCAUAUAUUGAAGAAUGGAACUCUGUGCAGCACGAAAGAUUGCAAAAAUCUCGCUGGUGUUACAUUAGAGUCUGCGCCAAUUGUUCGAGUAGCUCUUGAGCCGGCGGAUCCAUCUGAAAUUAAUAAGCUCAUUGAAGGACUUCGUUUGCUCAAUCAAGCUGACCCAUGUGUUGAGGUUCUUGUACAAGAAACCGGUGAACAUGUCAUUUUAACCGCUGGCGAAGUACACCUUGAGAGAUGUUUGAGGGAUCUAAGAGAACGAUUUGCAAAAAUUGAGAUUCAAGUUUCCUCUCCCAUUGUACCAUUCAGAGAAACAAUUGUUCCUGUGUCGG